AUGGGGAAUAAAAAUUGCAGCACCAUCACUGAGCUUGUACUUGUUGGAUUUUCCAAUCAUCCCCAAGCUGAGAUUCCCCUCUUCUUCCUCUUCUCUCUGAUAUACUUGGUGAAUAUUUUUGCAAACACAGCUGUCAUCACCUUAGUGGUUCUUGAUUCUCCUCUCCAGACACCUAUGUAUUUUUUCCUUUGUCACUUGGCCUUCCUCAAUUUAUAUUUUACCACAAUUGUGGUCCCAAAAAUGUUAUUUAACUUUGUUGCAGCCAAGAAAGUCAUAUCUUACAACUUCUGCCUUGCCCAGACAUAUAUCACUUUAUUCUUGGAGGCAACUGAAUGCUUUCUGCUUGCAGUGAUGGCUUUGGAUCGCUAUGUGGCUAUUUGUUACCCACUGAGAUACCUGAUCAUCAUGAACUGGUCUCUGUGCGUGAUACUAUCACUGGGGGCCUGGACUAUUGGUUUCUUUGCCUCGGUAGUGCCUCUCUACUUACUAAUUCUCCCACUCAGUGGUACAUAUGUUGUGAACUAUAUUUUCUGUGAAUUGCCAGUCCUUCUUCACAUAUUUUGUGGUGAUACAUCCCUCCAUGAGACCAUGAUGGUGUUAGGAGGGGCUGGAACUGUGUUAUUCCCUUUCUUUCUAAUUAUGCUCUCCUAUCUCCGCAUCUUGUUGGCUGUGAUAAGAAUUGGCUCAGCUGAGGGCAGGAAUAAAGCCUUUUCUACAUGUAUUUCUCACCUGACUGUGGUGAUCCUAUAUUAUGGGACAGGAUUGGUUAGGUACUUGAGACCCAAGUCCCUUUAUUCUUCAGAAGGAGAUAAACUGAUUUCCUUGUUCUAUGUGGUAUUCAAUCCUAUGAUAAAUCCUUUUAUUUAUAGCCUGAGGAACAAGGAAGUAAAGGAGGCCAUGGCAAGAGUAAUGAGGAGAUAUAAAAAAGCCAACAAAGCAAAGACUAGAAUAUUUAGAAAUUAA